AUGAACCGAGAUAAAACAGUAUACGUGUUGAUAUUUUUAUGGCCACGAAAAACGGAAAAAAUUAAUAAUCCUGAAAAUAAAGUAAUAACUCCUGAACAAUUGAAUAGCUUGUUGGAGGAAGAUGAUACACUUAUUGAGUUACAAGAAGGAAUAGCGUCUGGAAGACAAAAAUUAGAAGAUCUGACGAACGAUAUACGUGUAAAAGAAGAACAACUAAGGACUCUGAAAUCCAAAAUAGUGGAAAAAAACUAUGAACUAAAGGAAAAAAAUGAUGAAUGCACUCGCCUGGCCAAUCUUAUAUCAGAAAAGAAACAAACGGGUAAGCCGGUGGAUGUACAAAUGGAGGAAAAAAUGGAAGAAUGUACUCGUCUUGACGGUCAAAUUUUAGAGAAAACCAAAAUCAAUGACGAUCUCGAUUUCCAAAUUAAAACCAAAGCUGAGAAACGUAAUCUCGUUGACCGUGAAAUAACCGUGAAAAACCAAAAAAACAAAGAUCGGGAUUCUGAAAUGAACGAAAAAUCUCAAGAAAUCGGUCGCCUAGGAAAACUUAUAACGGAAAAAAUACAAACAACUCAAAUAAAAGACAUACAGAUAAAGGAGAAAGAUGAUGAUUAUUGA